GGUUCCCGUGUGUCUCCACCAGGGGGCACAGCCCGGGGCUCACUCGAACGAAACCAACCACUCCGUUCUCUUCGUACCAUGAGCUGAAUCUGUCCGGGACAGACCAGGGAAGAUGGCGGCCACUGACCAUUCCCGGUCCGAAGCUGCCAAACAGCGACGGCAGGAUCAGCUGCAGCGAUGGCUGGGCUCAGAGACGGAUCGGACGGGAUUGGAGGCCCGGGACACUUUGAGCGGUUCCGGGACGCGGCGGGCGAAAGUCCGGUUCGCCCAAGGAGCCGUGUUCAUGGCCGCCUGCUCCGCCGGAGACCGGGAAGAAGUGGCAGCGCUACUCCGGCAGGGAGCUGACAUCAACCACGCCAACAUAGAUGGUCUGACAGCGCUUCAUCAGGCCUGCAUUGAUGAAAAUGCUGAGAUGGUGCAGUUUCUGGUGGAGAGCGGGAGUGACGUCAGCAGAGGGGACAACGAGGGCUGGACUCCUCUGCACGCUGCAGCCUCCUGCGGCUUCAUCCAGAUCGCUAAAUACCUGAUAGAGCAUGGUGCUCACGUCGGGGCGGUGAACAGUGAAGGAGAGCUCCCUCUGGACGUGGCCACAGAAGAUGCCAUGAUGAGACUUCUCAAAGGGGAAAUCAAAAAACAAGCAAUAGACGUGGACAACGCCAGGAAGGAGGAGGAGAGGGUCAUGCUACAGGACGCCAUGGCGGUGCUGGCAGGAGGUGGCACCCUCACACCUCACCCAAAUACCAAGGCAACCGCUCUGCACGUUGCCGCUGCCAAAGGCUACAUCGAAGUCCUGAAGGUGCUAUUACAGUGUGGGGUGGACGUGGACAGCAGGGACGUCGACGGAUGGACGCCCCUGCAUGCUGGAGCUCACUGGGGACAGGAGGAAGUGUGCUCCCUGCUGGUUGACAACAUGUGUGAUAUGGGUGCCGUCAACAAUGUGGGCCAAACACCUCUAGAUGUAGCAGAUGAGAACCUGACGGACACUCUGGAGGAGCUGCAGAAGAAGCAGAACGCUUUACGCAGCGAGAAAGAGAAACAGACUCCUGUUAUUGAGACCAGCCCGCAAAUCUCCAUGGUACCAGUUCGCACACGCAGGACUUCUAUCUCUCGUAUGAGCAGUAAGGAGAAGAUCUGCCUCCAUGAGCGAGAGAAGCACCCACCUCCCGCCCUGCAGAGCAGCCCGGCCGAGGACGAUGAGGAGGAAGGCCAGACGGGGCAGAGCCAGGGGAAGGCCUCCAGCAGCUCCAGCUCGGAGGAGGAGAGCGAAUCGGAGAGCGACGCAGAGUCGGAAAAAGCAAAAAACCGAGAGAUAAUAAACAACUUGAACAAUAAACGCAACGCCACCAGCCUGCUUCCUACCUCCUUGUCAACGAAUACUGCCGCAAGCCAAGUGAAAAAGCAGGACCCAGGCAAGCCCCCAGCCCCAGAGGCCCCGGUCUCCUGGAGAACUUCUCUGAGAAAGGCAGGCAGCUCGGUGACUCUGGGCUCCGCUGGACUGUCUGACCCCAGCCAAGACCCCAGCAGACCUCCAGAGACUGUUGUGGGCAUGACCCGCUCCGCCUCCAGCCCCCGCCUCAGCUCUGAGGCCGACACCAAGGAGCCGAGGCUCGCUCGGGUACCGCCCAUCCCUACACGGAGACUCUUAAGUAUUCCAGACAGCAGCCCUGACAACUCCAACAGUUGGCUAAGUCGUAGCUCCUCUUACACCCGGCGCCUUUAUAGUCAAUCAGGGAAUGAUCUCACUAGUUCCACCCCCUCUUUGCUACACAGCUCAUCUUAUGGAAAGAGACUGGAUGACCCCACCCUGACCUCAGCUAGCACAGGAUCAAGCUCUGCUGGACUCAGCCGCCUUAAUAGUAUCUUGGCCCAAAGACUUCCUCAGGAACAGGCAGAAAAGAAGGAUCAGUCUGCCAUUACCACCUCCCACUCUAGGAGCAUAACCACAGGCGAACAGGAGGCCAAGCAGAGGCGCAAAUCGUAUCUGACGCCAGUGCGGGACGAGGAGGCAGAGGCACAGAGGAAGGCUCGCUCCAGACACGCACGGCAGUCCCGGCGCUCCACUCAGGGAGUGACGCUUACAGAUCUGCAGGAGGCAGAGAAGACAAUGAAGACGGACAACAAAGGGAGAGAAAAGAAGGAGGAGGAAGAGAAAGAGAAGGAGGCAAAAGCGAAGAAGGGCGAGGAGGGGGAAGUGAGCUGGAGGUCUCGUAUUGCCAGUCUGCAGAAGUCUGACCUGCUGGGCCUCACACAGCCCGCCGGCACUCCACGCCCUCAGACAUCUGACAGGAGAGAUAUUGAGGCCAGCACAGGGGAGAGCGAGACAGAGCGAUGGGCCAGGGAGCGCAGGGAGAGGAGACAAGCUCGGGCCAGAAGGAAGGCACAGAGGACCGGGGAGAGUGAUGACAAUGAUCCCAGUGGAGAGGAAGAGUUUUCAGGCAGUGGACUGGAGACACAGACAGACCAACGCUUGAGUUCCAGGUAUGACCUCAAGCUCUUUCUUUAUUCUGUCAGCAGAGUCUCAAUGAUAGCGGUGUCUCUGAUCUCUGCUCUGCUCAUCUACUCAGGCCCUUUAACGACUGCACUCAGGGAGACGGCUCUGACACCAAUGAUUUUAAGAAGUUGUUCGAGGAGGUCUCCAGAGAAAACAGCCAGCUCCAGUCUCAGCUGCAGGACACCCAGAGAAUUAUCAGUCAGACCAGGUUGGACCUGGAAAAGGCCACACAGAGGCAGGAGCGCUUCACUGACUGUUCAGACUUGCUGGAGCUGGAAAGAAAGGACCGGAGGAUGUUGGAGCGUCGAAUGGCAGAGCUGGAGGAGGAGCUGAAGUAAUACAGAUUGAAUAGGUUCUGGUCGACCUGAGAGCAGACAACCAGCGUCUUAAAGAUGAAAAUGGAGCACUGAUCCGAGUCAUCAGCAAGCUCUCCAAAUAGAUGGGGAGAAAGAGACACGAAGAGCAGGGAUUCCCCCUCACCCUCUUCCUCUAUCCCUCCAUCCAUCCCUCCCUCCCACCCUGCUUCUACACAUUCCUCCCAGUGCCAAAGAGUGUGAGAGAGAGGGGAGAGAAGCAGCAGAAUGUCCUAUGUACAUGAACACCACAGCUUGACUUGGAUUGUGAUGCCUUUCUGUGAACAGCUGGAGUGGCUUUUGUGUGCCUUGCGGCCCGUUUGUCACAGGAAGACCUAUGGAAUGAAGGCCUGUGGCUACAUUCAGAGGCUCGACAACAGCCAGAAAGCCUACGGCUGGUGCAACACAACACAUCUACGACAACUGUGCAUCAGGGGAACACUAACAUGCACACACAUUCCUAUGCGUGCAUCACAUCUUUCCUCCAUGCACAUUCCACGAGCGCACAAGGCAGCUUGGGCCUUAAAGUUCUUACUUUAGUAUUUUUUUUUUUGUGAACACGCUCACGUCACACAUUUACAAAUUUACUCCCCUCACAGUUCAAAUCUAACGUGUUGUCAAGCAGUGACCAAGAUUUUGAUUUGGUGUAGUAAAAAACAGCUCUGUAACGCAUUUCAGCCUUGUCUUUACAUUCAGCACGUACGUCCUGAUGACAGGGGGAAGUCCACGAAACUCUGUUGGGUUGUUUUGUUUCCACAUGCAAAUGUUUGAACCCACCUACCUCUCCACCUAUGCACUUCCCCACAUACAUUUUUGUUUUUGUGACCACAGACACACUCCAUUCUCUUAAAAUGACCGCAGAACCAGGUCAGUCGACCACAGCACUUUACUCUCUGCAAAGCUGUAAAAGAUGUACGUUGACGCUUUGCCCGUCCUCCAGACAGACAAACUCAUUUCAGAGCAGCACCGUCUCGCUUAGUGAGUGGAGGGAGAAGUUACCCAUAGAAGGUCAAAGGUCAUUGCACAAUUCCAGAAAUUGCUGUUCUGUCAAAGCCUAUUAUGCUAUGGAUGGUUAUUACCAAUGAUAAGAUUAUUGUCAUAGUUUUUCAUUGUCAAUUCCUCUCUUGUAAGGGAGCAUGGUUAUGUAUAUUAUAUGUGUAUAAAUAUUAGUCUUGGAUAAUACCCCCUUUUGAAGUAAAACUCAUGUAGCCUUUCUUCACAUGUUGGUUUUCUAAUAUAUUGAAUGGCUGUCUGCACCCUAAUAAAAGUCUGUAGUGACUGCCUGGUUA